AUGUUUUCAGUAAGUACUCCCAAGUCAUUCGAAGGCAAAUGGAAAGGAAAAGAACAUUUUACCCGACGGACCAUUUUGCGCGGCCGUUUUGAUGGCAAGCGUUGGGAUGUUUCUGUUCCUGACAUGCGGACUUUGACAGGGUUUUGUUUGGAAACUAACAUCCAGAAUUUUAAGCAAUUUAUCAGACAUGGAAGGAACGCUAAUCACUCGGCUAGUAAACAUCCUCAUCAUCAGCCUAUGAGCAUGGAAAACAUCAGUGUGACGAGUUUGGACCCAGACAACGCCACCUUGUAUUCCACGGAUGUUACAACAGGCCAGGUUCCUCCACAAUCGGGCAAACGUCACCAGAGGCGAGACGAAUACUCCAAGCUUGCAGAGGACAUGGUCCACGAAGAAAAUGAAGAGAGGAAGAAACAAGAAGAGAAACAGGUGUUAGAAAGAUACCAGAUGAUUGACAAGAUCGGAGAGGGUGCAUUUUCUACCGUGUACAAGGCUUUGGAUGUCAAGUUGCAAGAGGAGGUUGCCGUGAAAGUGAUUAAAAAAUACCAGCUGGACAAAAGUCAACAAGCUUCUGUUCUCAAAGAGGUGACUAUUAUGAGACAGCUGGAUCAUCCUUGCAUUGUCAAGUUUUACGAUUUCAUUGAGACUGAAGAGUUUUAUUUCAUUGUUCAAGAGCUCGUUGUUGGAGGCGAAAUUUUUAAUGAGAUUGUCAAGUACACAUAUUUCAGCGAGGAUCUUUCGAGACACGUGAUAAUCCAGGUCGCUGAGGCUAUCAAGUAUUUGCACACAGAGGCCGGUGUUGUUCAUCGUGAUUUGAAGCCGGAAAACAUUUUCUUCAACCCAAUUAAGUUCAUUCCUUCAAAAUCGAGAAAAUUGCGCAAGAGUGACGACCCGAACUCAAAAUUGGAUGAAGGAGAAUUCCUUCCAAAUGUGGGUGGUGCCGGAAUCGGAUCAAUCAAAAUCGGAGACUUUGGAUUAUCAAAACAGAUAUUUGCUAGUAACUCGCUGAAAACGCCAUGUGGUACAAUUGGUUAUACUGCACCCGAGAUUGUGAAAGAUAUGAGAUAUUCUGAGGAAGUUGAUAUGUGGGCUUUGGGAUGCGUUUUGUAUAUUUUGCUUUGUGGCUUCCCUCCAUUUUUCAACGACCAAAUCGAUGUUCUCACCAGGAAGGUGGCGAAAGGUGAGUUUGAGUUCUUAUCACCAUGGUGGGAUGAGAUCAGCGACGGCGCUAAAAAUUGUGUCUCCAAGCUGCUUACUGUUGAUCCACGGUACAGAUAUACCAUUGACGAUUUCUUGAGCGACCCAUGGAUUGACGAGUUUUCAAAACGCUGCCAGCAGGCCGAAGAAUUCCAACAACAGCAACAAGAACUGUUAUCCAAAAAGAACUCCAUUUCAUAUUCAAUUUCGACCGGAAGAUCUGGUCCUUUGAGUGCGUCGUCCGAUUCGUCACAAGGAUCUAUGAUUUACGCUCCAAAGCCAACUUCAGUGAGUGGUGCUGUUCCGGCUCACGUCAUGAAGCAGAACCCGGCUUUGUACUCUCCAGCUGCUAUCGCGAUGAGAGAGGCGUUUGAUAUUUCUGCUGCAGUGCACAGAAUGGGAGAGGAGGCUGCUAUUCUCAAGUAUCAGAAACAACACAAGGGUGACAAGCAUUUGGAUGCGUUGGCCGAGGACGACGAGAUGCCAGAUGCAGACGAGAUUCAUCCUGAGUACAGACAAAAGAGCUUGAAGUAUGAAAAAGAGACGUCGAAGGGAGCAAUCAUCGACGACAACUCGAUAUUCGCGUCCAAUGGCGAACUUACCAGUUCUAGCGGUGGAUUAUCGGACACAGAUUCGAUGUCUAAGCAACCGUUUGAGCUGAAUUUGAAAACAGCCACAAUUCUCUCCCGGAGAAAGAAGAAGGCAUUGAUGGUUUAUUGA